CUCAAAUCGUGAAUGACAUCCCGUCCCGACAGCGUCACAUUGAGACUUUCGCGACAUCACAACCACCUCACCCACUCUCCUUCUUGCACAUUGCCGCCAUGAGGUCCAUCUUCAGCAGUCUUGCGCUCUUCAUGAGCUGUGCCGAAGCCCUCUACUUCUUCAUCGAGGGCCCAACGCAAAAAUGCUUCUUCGAGGAACUUCCAAAGGACACAUUGGUCGUUGGCCACUACAAGGCGACUCAAUAUCGCCCCAACUCGAUGCAGUACGAGACCGUCCCAGACAUGGGCGUCUUCAUCAGCGUCGACGAAGUCUUCGACAACGAGCAUCGCAUCGUUUCCCAGCGUGGCCGCUCCGACGGCAAAUUCACCUUCACAGCCGCCGACUCGGGCCAACACCGUCUCUGCUUUACACCCACCAACCUUGACAAGGUUAACGCUCCCGAUCGGCACGGAGAACAUGUCGGAGCUGUCAAAUUUGAGCUGGACAUGGCCAUCGGCGAGACUUCACAAAUCGAACGCAGCGACAAGGAGAAGUUGGGAGAGGUAGCGCAAAAGGUCAAGGAUCUGAAUGCUAGAUUGCAAGAUGUUCGACGAGAACAGAUUUUCCAGCGUGAGAGGGAAGCUGAGUUUAGAGAUCAGAGUGAGAAUGUCAACUCGAGGGUGGUGAGGUGGACAUUGGUACAGAUUGCGGUGUUGGGUGUAACCUGCGCGUGGCAGUUGAGCUAUUUGCGCGCCUUCUUCAUCAAGCAGAAGCUUACUUAGAGGACUCACUGGGGACGAUCGAGGGUAUGUAUGCAUAACGGGACUGAGCAAUGGAGUUGGCAACGACACAGGCAGCCUGUAUAUCUCACGGCGACGAUAUGACCAUAAACGAGGAAAGCUUUACGUGUAUUGAAGAGGUUG